AUGAAUGGCAACGGAAAUGAGAUUGAUCACGUGGAUUUAAGUGCUGUUGAUGAAGAACUUUCGUCUUCUAGAUCCUCAGACUUUUCAAUGGAUGAGAAUAGUAAGAUGAUUCCUCACAAGCAAAGCUCAGGGGAGAAGGAUAUAUUUGAUUCCUCCAAGGUUGCGACAAAUCUAGAACAUGCACUUGAUGAUGUUCCUGAAUACUAUCAUACAGAAGCGGAGGGGUUUCAUACCUGGGAGAUUGAUGAUAUUACACAACUUGUUGGAGACGAAAAGGUAUUUGGACCAAAAUUUGAAGUUGGCGACAAUUUCGUAUUCAAUCCUUUGAUUACUACAGCCAAAAGGCAAAGCAAUUUAUUUUUUUCGGUUUAUCUUGAAGGUCAUCCAAGCGAUGCUAAAGUUGCUGAGAGUGACGAUUGGCAUUGCUGUGUCCAGUUUGCAUUGGAUAUAUGGAACCCAGAAGAUCCCUCCAAGCAUAAGAUGAAUAGCACCCACUUUCGUUAUAACUCCAAAGUGAUAGACUGGGGCUUCAUUAGUCUAUUGGAUGGACGGUUUUCUGCUGAUUCGGCUCUGAUAGAAAACAAACGUCUCAAUAUUACUGCAUAUGUGCGCAUUGUCAACGACUUCACUGGCGUUUUGUGGCAUGAUUUCGUCGAUUAUGACUCCAAAAAGGCCACUGGUUACGUCGGUAUUAAUAAUCAAGGUGCUACCUGCUAUUUGAAUUCAUUAUUACAGUCAUAUUAUUUCACGAAGAAGUUUAGAAAGAAGGUCUAUCAGAUCCCCACUCAGGAUGAAGUCAGCUUUGAUGUGCCUUCUUUCAAAGACUACUUAGAGCAGCCGAAGAGUGUUUCUUUAUCUCUUCAGAGAAUAUUUUACAAUUUGCAAACUUCUGACAAACCAAUUGAUACCAUGGAGCUAACAAGUUCGUUUGGUUGGACCAGUGCCGAUGCAUUCACCCAGCACGACGUUCAAGAGAUGAAUAGGAUAUUAAUGGAUAAAUUGGAACGCAAAAUGAAACACACUGAUAUCGAAGGAUGCCUUAAUGAUAUCUUUGUUGGCAAUAUGAAGAGUUUUAUUAGAUGCAUUGAUGUUGAAUACGAAAGUAGCCGUACCGAAGACUUCUGGGAUAUCCAACUGAACGUGAAAGGUCUUAAGAACAUCAAGCAAUCUUUUGAGAACUAUGUGGAGUUAGAACUCCUAGAGGGUGAAAAUAAAUAUGAUGCUGCUGGCUAUGGACUUCAGGCCGCUGAAAAAGGUGUAGUGUUUGAGAGUUUUCCACCGGUUUUGCACUUGCAAUUGAAACGAUUCGAAUAUGAUUUCGAAUAUGAUCAGCUGGUAAAGAUUAACGAUAGAUACGAAUUUUUCGAUACCCUUGAUUUGAAGCCCUACAUGAAUAAAGAGGCUAAGCAUUACGAUGAGGAUUGGGAGUAUAAGUUGCAUUGUGUCCUUGUUCAUCAAGGUGAUGUGUCUAUGGGUCACUACUAUGCCAUGAUCAAACCCGGUGAGGAUGAUAAAUGGUUUAGAUUCGACGACGACAAGGUAUGGAGAGUUACACCCAAUGAAGUCUUCGAAGGAAACUUCGGUGCCGAUCAAUCCCCUGAGGAACUAAGAAGAAUGACGAGGGAUGAGCAGCAGGACUUUCAACUAAGAAGGCAUACUUCAGCAUAUAUGUUGGUUUACCUUAGAAAGUGUAAAGCUCCUGAGAUUUUGAAUGAAGUUGAAAAGAAAGAUAUUCCACUGCAUAUUCCUAAGCAAAUCGAAUACGAAAGCGAACAGCUAGAGAAGAUAAGAAAGGAGCAAGAAGAAAUGCAUUUGUACGCUGACUUCAAAGUUUUCUAUCACAAUGCUUUCACUAAGUACCAGGGAUUUGAUUUGGGCCCUAAUGAAGAUGAUAGAUUCAACUACUGUCCUGAAUUAUAUGAUCAUGACUCGUUCCCCUUGAAGUUUAGACUUCUCAGAACCGAUCAAUUCUCUAAAGUGUAUGAUACUGUUAUUGAGAAGCUUGGAGAGAAAGUGGACCCCAAGCUGAUUCGAUUCUGGAUUAUGGGAAGCCGUAAGAACUAUGCUCUGAGACCCGUUGAGACUAUUGGAUUUACCUACGGUGACGACGAGAAUUUCGGCGAUGUUACUAUUGAUUCAGUCAUUGAUGAAUAUGAAAUAUCCACCAUAGACAGGAGACGUUCUAGUGUGGGGCAGUCGGUUCAACUUGUACUAUAUUUGGAAGACUCGUCGAAAGAGUUAAAAUUUGUUUCCAACUCCAUCUAUGAGAUGAAGAACAAGUCUGAGAUCCCAGAUGAUGCCGAUUCCAUCGAAGAUACAGCUGAGAGAUACAAUAAGUAUUCUAUGAUGGCUCUCCACAGUUUCCACCCUAAAAUUGAACCCGUCGAUAAAGAUGCGUCUCGCCAUUUAUUAUUUCUUAAGUUCUUCGAUUUGCCUAGUCAGAGUGUCAAUGGUCUCACUCAAAUCAUCGUUCCCUCAGAAAAUACUAUUGAGUACUUGGUUCCCUUGAUCAAUAACAUACUGAAAUUCCCUAUGGAUACUGCUCUCAAAUUUUAUGAAGAAUUGGGUCAUGACCAAAUUCUUCCUUUGUCUGCAACUAAAACUUUCUACAAGUCCGAAUUGGGCAACGGUGAUAUUAUCUGCUUCACAAAGGCAGAUUGGGGAACAGAACUGCUACCAGAUCUUGAAUAUCAAUCGGCUAAAGAACUCUAUGCAUUUUUGGCCAACAGAGUUCACUUCAAAGUGGCACCUUUACAAAAGGUAGGCGAGGAUGAAGAAGAGUAUGUUACAAAGGAUAGUAGCACUGAUAGUAAGAUUUCAAAAAGCGGUUUGCACGAUGCACCGUUUGAGCUGUGGUUUUCGAUUGCAUCCAAUUACAACGAUCUAACCAAGAAGAUUGGGGAGAAAGUGAAGGUCGAUCCCAAGUUUUUGAGACUAUUUAUUGUGGGACAUGCUAACCAGACGUUUCCCUUAAAGAGCACAUCAUCUUUGAAAAGGCUUUUUGAAAGAAUCUCAAAGGCGCAAAUUUUGCGUAUCAGAUAUGAGGUUCUCAGUGUCACUUUAGUCGAUUUCGAGCAUAUGACUCUCUGUAAGGUGUACUGGGUUGGACAGGGAAUAUGUAGGGAACAGAGGCAUGAGUUCUUUCUUCCAAAAUCGAGUACUCUGGAGAAUUUACUGGACAGACUACAAGCUAAGGUGCACUUCAAUCCGGAGGAGAAAGACUCUCUUUUAUGUUGGACAAUGGAUGCCAGACACAAAUUUGGAUCGGUUUGCGAAGAGGAUACUGGAAUAGACCAAGCAUCUGAAUUUAUCAUUGGCUAUUAUCCGGCAUACAAGGAAGUUUUGAAGACGAAGCCUCCUAAUGUACACUUGAUCACAGGAUUUCAGUUCUUUGGUCAAGUUCAAAAUUCACACAGUAUACCGUUUAUGUUUGAUCUCAUUGAAGAGGAGUUGUUUAAGGAUACUAAGGUUAGGCUACACAAAUUGUUGGGUAUAUCAGAAAAAGAAUUUGAAGGUGUUCGAAUUGCCGUGACCGAUUUGAAUGUGGUUGAUUACUUGGACUCUCCUGAAAGAGAUGAUGUACAGCUCUUCAACUUUGCUCAGAAUUCACCGUUCUAUUUGGCCAUCGACCAUCCGGACAGAAACCUCAGACGUUCGUCUGUUUAUGAGCCUUCAAUUUAUAUAAGAGAUUAA